UUUGAAAGACUUCAAACGGCUAGUUUGAGAAACAAAUCCCUCCCAUUUCAAAUUCUCCGACUUCUUACAUCUCGUAGUUGAAGAUCCAAUUUCGAAACCCUAGCUGUUGUCGUUGACAUGGAAAUCCCUCAAGAAACCGAUGAUUACAUAAGAGCAUCCAUAGAUCACAGCGUCGGUCUGAAUGUCUCCACCGACGCACUUCUUCUUAAACUUCGCGCCGUCGAAGCAUCGCAGGUUCACCUCCGUCGUCAGUAUCUCUCUCUGCAAUCCAAGCUAAAAGAGAAAGAUGAAACAAUUGAUGUUCUUCAGGCUGAGGCGAGCAUGAAUGCGGUGGCGUUGAAGAAAUUUGUGGAGGAAAACCAGAAACUGGCCAUGGAAUGCUCUAAUCUGUUGGCGGCGUGCAAUAAGUGGGAGAGGGAGUGUUCGCUCUAUGACCACGAUCGUGAAGCCUUAAUGGAUUUCGCGAACGAGGCGGACGAGAGAGCCAAGGAAGCUGAGGUACGGAGUCGUGAUUUAGAGGAGGAGAAAAAGAUAUUGGAGGAAGAGUUGCAUCUCUACAAGUGCCAGGUCCCCGCAGUUGGAAGUUCUAGGUUAACAGCUUUGCAUCUGCCUCCUGCUAUAACUAACUUAUAUCUCAGUCAUUGUCAAUCUUACAUGAAGAACUGUGUUCUUGUGCAUUGUGCACAAGUGCAAUACAAGGUCCCUAUGUCUGUCAAUUUGCCUUUCCUCGUUUCCUUGUCAUCUCCAGAAUGUUCUUUCUGUGUUGGCAACACUCCUAGUCCAAUAUUGGAGCACUCUCUGCCAAUCACUAUGGUUGGCGAGUCUACUAAUGAUACAGAAGAGGAACAUCAUUUACUUAAUUCACUGUUCAAUACUAUGUUUGGCAAGGACGAAAUUGUGUCAACUGCACAUGGCUUUUUGGAGGCGCAUACUGGAAUUGAAGUUUGCAACAAGUUACUGACAUUGUGGACAAGGUUGAGUCCUUUAACUCAGAAAGUUGUAGCAUUAGCAGCGAAGGUGAAAAAUUUAGAGGAAGACAAGGACCAUUUAACAAUUAACCUUCAUACAGCUGAAGAGGAGGUGAAUGCGCUGUUUGAAGAAAACAAUGUCCUGAACAAGGAGAAUAAAAGGUUGAUGAGGCAAUGCUAUAGGGAAAAACACAAUAGUGGCUCGAGUGGAGGCACUACUUCUGGAAAGGGGAAAAGAAAAUGCAGCCCCAAGAUGAGUAGUAGCCCAGUGGAGAAGAAGAUUGAUUCAAGUGAUGUGAAUAUGCUGAGACAGCCACUCUCCCCACUCCAAUUUAAUUCCCCUGAAUCUAGAAUGCACAAGAAGUAAAUCAAGAGAUUUCGUCUUGAAAUUUCUAUUGUGAAUUUGUGUAAUUCCUAACUUUUUGGGGGAAGUAAUGAUGAUUGAUAUGAUAGUUGUAUUUGUAAUUACAGAUGGCAUUAGUAGUUGUUGAGGAAGGCGUGAAGCUGAAAUGUGUGAUUAAAAAUGGGCCUGAGUUGGCCAUUUGAACCGCCUAAAUGGGUCGCAAAAAAUAGCUAAAAUUUUGAGACAUGCU